AUGCCUACACCAGGCUACGUCUUCCGCGACAGUGGCACUACUCCUCCAGCAGAAACCGAAGACCAAACUGCGCGACGACGACUCACUUUAGGCGACCAAGCUCAAUUAAAACCCUCCCCACUCUCUGGGCAAUUAACAAGACCCCCUCCUCAGGACAAGACCACCGACAGCCAUGCUCUAGCAUUAGCCGACCACGACAUCAAGGGCGCAGCUCAGAUAGCGGGUCAAACGGGAGAUGUUACGGAUCUUGGAUGGCGAGCCGACGCAAAAGAGAUAGACACCUUGGUUGGAGGGUUACCCAACGAGGAGUUAUGGACAUUGAUCAGGAGGUUCAAUAGGCAAAUGUAUCAUGUCAAAUCCAUUCCAAGGGUGCCACCCAAUGGCCUCGACCUCGAAAUCGCCGAUCAAGAUGAGUUCUCCCCUGACAAGCUUCGCGCAAAUAUUGAAAGACUUUAUAUGACCGUCAUCAUCGGUCUCAUGGGAUUUGGUAAUCACAUCGCCCGACUAAGGUCAUGGCGAGAGCCUCGCAGGACAGCACCCUUUUGCGCAGUCUAUUUCCUUGCAUGGCUCCUCGGUUGCCUCGUCCCGCUUUCAUGUGCACUGUUGUUAGUCCUCAUUCUUGUGCCACAGUCUCGCCCGAUGCUUUUCCCGCCAGCGCCUAUCGCUCUCGUCAACAGCAAGACCGGUGGUGUACAAAAGCCAAAAGCAGGAGUGCUGGGCAGUCAUGACAGUGCAACAGGUGCUCCUGAGAAGCAUAAGGGUGAAGCGGUUGAGCAGGAAGCUAGCAAUCUUGUCAAUGGCAUCGCUCAUGUGGCCAUCUCCAGUGCGGCUGGAAGACAUGACCAAGGAGAUCCCGGGGAUACCAAGGCAGAAGAUCACCUUCCAGACCCAACCAAGAUGGCAGUUGGCGCUGCUGACUCUAAAGCCUCUGCUCAGGGUCAGUCAGUUGUCAAACACGACAAGACCAAACAGCCCAUGGAAGAUGCCAUCUGGACGAAGAUGAGACCCGCAAUGCAUGUAGUUGGUGAUAUUGCCGACGUUUGGGAACGUUUUGCCAACGCCUUGUCUCCGACACCACCAUUUCCGCACACCCAUCAAUAUCGAUUCGCUGGUUUAGUCGCCCCUCUCUUCCUGAUAUCGUUUUUCGUCAAACCCGCCCAUGUCGUCCACGGCACCAGCUUCGUAUUUGGCCUCGCCUUCUUUACCGAUCCACUCCUCCAACGCGGCAUCAAACUGCUCAAUCAGAAGAUCCCGGAUUGGCCCAAGUAUAUCGAACUGCGUAACACACUACUCAUACGUGUCCCGACCAACGCCCAAUUGACUCUCACCCUUCUCCGCAUCGGCGAAGCCAACCGCGCCCCACUCCCGCCACCACCCCGAUCCGACGAACCUCCUCCAGACCACCCUGCCGAGCUCGACAAACAUGCCCUCACCAACUCCGGCCUCGACGCCUCCCACUCAGAGAUCGACGACGUCAUCACUGUCGACGCACCGCCGCCCGCUUCCACUACCACUAGCGAUACCCCAUCCAAACCAGCCUCAACGAAGAAGAAGGGCGGUAUCGGCGCCAAAAUCCUUUCCUUCUUCCAAUAUACCACCGCUGGCGUGGUCGAGUCAAAAAUGGGCGUCGACCACGUCCGCGCCAUGGCCGGCUCUGGACACGCCAAACAGCGACUCGGAAUCCUGCCGCCCAAGGACGAGCUCAAGAAAUCCGAAACCGAGGGCCCUGUCGAAUUCAAGGGGAGGUAUAACGGCAAGAAAGGCGCCAUCUACCUCGACUCCUCCGUGUCACCCGCCGCGGCAGAUGGCAGCUUUCCCGCCCGCCCGUGCGUCUACUUCACGACCCAGCUCGAUGGCGACGAGGAGAUCACCAGUGGCAAGAAGCGGCCGGGCUGGGCGGUCAGUAUCGCCGAUAUCACGGAGCUGAAGAAGGUGGGCGGGUUGGGCUGGAAGGGCAAACUGGUCGUCGGCUGGGCUACCGAGCGGGAGAUCAAGGAUGGGCUGGAGAUCGUCACCAAGGAUGGAGCGAGAUGGAGGGUCACGGCGAUGAAGGAGAGGGAGGAGCUGUUUAAUCGCCUUGUCGCUGUGGGAGGGCAGAUUUGGGAGAGUUAUUGA